UCCGGCGCAAAGCGGUCAACUCUCGAGUGAGAGACAUUGAUUGAGUGAGAAAGAAACGUUUGGCCGAAUCCCGAGGGGCCCAUUCAAGGCGCAUCAGCCGAAGGCCAUCCACCCUAUAUUACCCUGCAAUUGCUUCAAAUAGCGGGUAAUAAUCAGUUGAGAUAUAUACAAACAGGCAAAUCCUAAUCAAUCGAUUAAUCCCUCCCCCCACCUUGCCCCGCAAGCAGGGCUCAGGGGCACACACCGAUCGCCCUUCGUUCUCUCUCCCUGUGCUCUCGACGCUCCCCUCGCUCGCUUCCCUCCUCUUCGUCAACUCGUCCUCAUCAUCCAUUUCCUCUUCGUCACCAUCCUCCUCCUUCUCCUCCUCCUCCCCCUCCCCCCAUGGCCACCUACCAAGACGCUAGGUCGGCGACCAGACCUCACAGGGAUGGCUCCUCUUCCAGUAGCACCGGAAGCUCGUACAUACCCCUCCCUCGCCAGUCCGACCUAGCUCUGCCUCAUCCCUCAGACUACUCUUCGUCAUCCAACCUCGGUGCAGCAGCAGGCAACAGCAACAGCAACAGCAACAGCAACGCUAGUGUCAGCGGAGGCAACGGCAGUGGUAGUGGCAAUGGCAAUGGCAAUGGCAAUGGCGGCUACUCAAGCGGCGGCGGCCAUUUCAACAACUACUCCUCCCAACAACAUUCACAACGCCUUCCGCACCUUCCCCCACCCCCACCACCCCAACUUCAACAUCAACAUUACUCUUCUCAUCCGUCCUCCCACUCUCCUCAUCAGCAACAUCCCCACUCGCUCUACCAUCAUCCUCCCCCCCACCGUCCCCAGCCCCCCUCGCACUCCUCCUCCUCCUCCACAUCCAUGCCCUACACCACCAGCUUUGACUACUCCCCUUCGUCACAGCUGCCCCUUUUCCCCCAUGGCUACCCUCACUUUGAGUUUCCUCCAUCCACCUCAACUCAGACAGGCAACAGCAACGACCUCAACGGCGGCCGAGGCGCCAACAACAACUCGAACGCCAACAACAACACGCACACCUCCCAAUCCUCACGCCAUGCCCACCACGCCUCCACCAGCUCAACAGGUGGUCGCAGCGAAGACUUCAAAACCCCCUACCCCCAAUUCGGCUCUGCUGCCAACGCCACAGGGCAGUCCUCCUCGAACGCUGGUGGGGCCCAGCAGCGGAACGGGGGUCAGGACGAGUGGAAUCCUAUAGACGUCCCGCCCCUACCUCCGCACGUCGAGGCCAACAUUUUUGACGGCUCGUCCGUGUGGCCAUUCCACUCGGCCGCCGGUAUCAGCGAUCACCACCCCUCCCUCCCAUGGACCUCAACCCCCGCCGUGCUGGCUCAGGGAGGCUCUCGUACGAGGAGGAAACCAAUCUUCUCGAAACCUACCUCGCCGAACUCAUCCAGUAUCUCGAGCCCUUUGCGUCGACUAGAGAGCACCCGACCCCCACACAUCCGCCGCCCUUCCUCCACACGCGCAUCUUGCGUCUGGCCGUAAUCGUCCGCAACUGCGUCAAGGAACUCGAGCAGCGCUCGCAGCCAUGUCUCGACGCAAAGUUUAGACACGCGCCACCCGGCAUCGAACAGAGCGAGGCUGACAAGGAGAUGGCGGCCAUCCGCAUCCGUCGGGAGGAGCUCACGAAGAAGCAGGACACGAAGCAGCGGAACGGCAUCGGCGCGACCGGGGGACCCAUCCGCCCUCCGCCU